CAGCAAUGCUAUAACACUCAAUCAGCUCCAAACUAACAUUGUCAAUAACCACGCCAGUUUCAACGAUAUCCAUCAGGUCUCAACAUCAACACUGGCACGCAUCCUAAAAAAAAAAACAUAUUCAAAUGAAGCAAAUUUAUCGAGUGCCUUUCGAGCGCAAUUCCGAAAGGGUGAAGCGACUGCGGCAUGAUUAUGCAGAGAGAGUUUUACGAAUGGAUGGAGAGGAGAGCCAGCAUGAGUUCAUUUACGUAGAUGAGGCUGGGUUCAACUUGACGAGAACACGAAGGAGGGGAAGAAACAUCAUUGGCCACAGGGCUAUAGUCAAUGUCCCAGGGCAACGUGGGGGUAAUAUAACACUCUGUGCAGCCAUUACACAGAAUGGGGUCCUCCACCGCCAUGCCCAUAUGGGCCCUUACAACACAGCACUCAUACUUACAUUCUUGGACCAAUUGCACAACAUAACAGCAGCAAAUCAAAUCGAUCAUAUGCAAUACAUUGUCGUCUGGAACAAUGUGUCUUUCCACCGCUCUGUUCUGGUUCAGAACUGGUUUCAGCAACAUCCACAUUUCACCGUCCUAUAUCUUCCACCAUACUCUCCAUUCCUCAACCCUAUAGAAGAGUUUUUCUCGGCAUGGCGGUGGAAGGGAUAUGAUCUCCGUCUCCAGGCUGAGGUACCCCUCAUCCAAGCCAUGGAGGAGGCCUGCGACCAGAUGGAGGUAGCAGCAAUGCAAGGAUGGAUUCGUCAUUCAAGACGUUUCUUUCCAAGGUGUCUUGCUAAUGACAACAUUGCCUGCGAUGUUGAUGAAAUUCUCUGGCUAGAUCCAGCUAGGCGAAGAGACAAUGUCUAGUUCUUUUUUUUUUUUUUUUUUUUACAGUAAACUUACAGUACAAUACGUAAAGUGACAUUUUGU